AUGACUCAAACAAGUCCAUUAAUAACCGAUAAAUCAGCUCGUCAGAAUGCUCCAUCAUCUUCAGCAGCAACUAAUUCUCGAAAGACUCGAUCGAAUCGCCGUACGCGUCGUUCAUCAACGAAUACGCCACACGAUAAUAAACAAGCUGUAUUCUAUUAUCCACUUCAUCAUCAACAUUACAAUCUUCCAGGAACAACAGCGGCAAGUAGCACUCGAACACAUUCAACGCAUCAUCAUCCAUUGCAUUAUAAUCGUGGCAAUCUUUCACAAUUAGCACUAUGUUCGAAAAAUAUCUAUAAUUAUGAAAGUCUGUUGAAUAUUUGUAAGUUACAAUCAUUACAUUUUUCAAUCGAUCGAAGUCUAAGUUUGCCAAAUCUUUACUCGCCAAUCAUUGCCGGAAGGAAACGUCAUCGAUCGGUAACCGUGCCAGGUAACAUCGAAGAUUAUUUAGAAGAUGAGGAAGAAGAUGAAACAGAAAAGAAGAAGUUCUUCGAACAGAUAUAUCGUGAUAUAUGUAAAUUAUUACGUGUCCUACGCAUUCUACCGUUUCUUUUACUUUGCAUCUGCGUCACAAUCAUAACUAUUUUUUAUGAUGCUACUUGGACGUUUCUUGUCGAUUACAUGGGCCGUAAUGGCAUUGAUUCCGAAAAAGGUGCACAUUUACUUCUAGUAGUUGGAGUUAUCUCAAUAUUCGGUGAAAUCGGGUAUGGAUACAUGGGAGAUUCCAAGAGAAUCUCGCCGCUCUAUAUCUACGCGGGAUCACUAUCUUUGGCUGGUCUUUCUCAAUUACUCAUUCCAGUGGUUAUUGAAAGAUAUUCACUUCUAAUGCCGUUAAUGCUGUUUACUAGUUUCUUACAAUGCGCACAGGAAGUCCUAAUGCCAAUCUUAUGUAUUAAAUUUGCCGGAGCACCGAAUUUCGCAAAUGCUUACGGUAUGUUACUUCUUUCACAAGGUAUAUCCUCGUUAGUCGGACCGCCUACACUCGGCUUCGUCGCGCAGAAAUAUUAUUAUAAAUUAGCUUAUAUCGUGAUCGGUUGUGGUACAGCAACAGGCGCAUCAUUACUCUUUACAAUGCCAUUCGUACGUCGGUGUUACAAGUUUGUCACAUCGAAAUCUAACCAAAGAAAGACGAAUACAUUAGUUACAUCAAGCAAUGGUGAUUUGCCAGCACCAACAUCAAUUAGUAAUUCACAUAGUGGAACAUUAGCGAAUACAAAAUAA